AAGCAGCUGAGUAUCACGUGACGCUGUGUGAAGGCAACAUGGCGACACAGUGCUGAGGUAGCACAGCUGAACAACCCCGUGUGGAAGAGUCGUCUGCCCGGUUUUGUUUGCAUAUUUGACGCCGACAUAAGACAGGGGCACUGCCGACAAUGACGGUUUGACGGAAAGGCAAUAGCCGUACGAGAGAUGCUACAACAACAACGUCCAGAACGACAAUUGCAGACGGAAAGUACUAAAACGAAGAGCAUGUUUCUGUCCAGGGCGCUUGAGAAAAUCCUCGCGGAUAAGGACGUGAAGCGGACCCAGCACAAUCAGUUGCGUAAAGCCUGUCAGGUAGCACUUGAUGAAAUCAAAACUGAACUGGAAAAACAAAAAGAUGGCACUGUGGUCGCCCCCAGGGCCAACUACAUUGAGGCAGAUAAGUAUGUGCUGCCCUUUGAGCUGGCCUGUCAGUCCAAGUCCCCACGCAUCGUCAGCACCUCGCUGGACUGCUUGCAGAAGCUGAUUGCCUACGGCCACAUCACAGGCAAUGCACCCGACAGCUCCGCUCCAGGCAAGCGGCUCAUCGACCGCCUGGUGGAGACCAUAUGCAACUGCUUCCAAGGGCCGCAGACGGAUGAGGGUGUGCAACUGCAGAUCAUCAAGGCCCUCCUGACAGCGGUGACGUCGCCCCACAUCGAAAUCCACGAGGGCACGGUGCUGCUGACGGUGCGCACCUGUUACAACAUCUACCUGGCCAGCCGCAACCUGAUAAACCAGACCACUGCCAAGGCCACCCUCACCCAGAUGCUCAACGUCAUCUUCACUCGCAUGGAGACGCAGGCAGCUCUGGAGGCUCGCGAGCAGGAGAAGGAGAGACAGCGGCUGCAGCAGCCGUCCCCCCUCCCCGGGCAUGUGUCCUCCCCCCGGAGUCACAACGGGUCCCUGUCACCCGCUGCCAGCAUUCCCGAGACCAGCCCCUCCCCCGCCACCCCGGGCGACGCCCCAGUGGACACGCCUUCUGUCAACGGGCAGUCAGAGGAGGGCGGGGCUGAGGAUGAGGGAGAUGUGCUGGAAUCAAGCCAAGAUGCCCCAACCCUUCCAGAUGUUUCUGUAGUUCCAAAUGCAGCCCAGCCUGAUGUGGAGGAGCAGAAGGGUGGGGCAGAGGUGGAGGAAGACGGGGGAGGGGAGAAGGAAGCUGAAGAAGCACCAGCGGUUAAGGACCAGCCAGAACCAGAGACAGGACAAGAAGCAGAACCAGAACCAGAACCAGAGCCAGAACCAGAACCAGAACCAGAGCCCCCAGCUGAGACUGAGCACGCAGAGACUGCGCCCCCUCCUGGCAAGGCAGUCAGCCUGCAGGUUAACGGCAUCGUGGACGACCGCACCUCCGAAUCCUCCACAGACAUCCUGGACGCAGACGCCAUGCAUGGAGGCCCCGCCGCCGCCCGCUUCUCCCACGUCCUGCAGAAAGACGCCUUCCUGGUCUUCCGCUCGCUCUGCAAGCUCUCCAUGAAGCCCCUGGCGGACGGGCCCCCGGACCCCAAGUCACAUGAGCUGCGCUCCAAGGUGGUGUCCCUGCAGCUGCUGCUGUCGGUCCUGCAGGGCGCCGGCCCCGUCUUCCGCACCCACGAGAUGUUCGUCAACGCCAUCAAGCAGUACCUGUGCGUGGCACUGUCCAAGAACGGGGUCUCCUCCGUGCCCGACGUCUUCGAGCUCUCGCUGGCCAUCUUCCUCACUCUUCUGUCACACUUCAAGGUCCAUCUCAAGAUGCAGAUUGAGGUGUUCUUCAGGGAAAUAUUCCUUACAAUCUUGGAGACAUCCUCCAGUUCCUUUGAACACAAGUGGAUGGUGAUCCAGACACUCACCCGGAUCUGUGCAGAUGCUCAGUGUGUUGUGGACAUCUACGUCAACUAUGACUGCGACCUCAAUGCGGCCAAUAUCUUUGAGAGGCUGGUGAAUGACUUGUCCAAGAUUGCCCAAGGAAGAAGCGGCCAGGAGCUGGGCAUGACACCCCUACAGGAGCUGAGCUUGCGAAAGAAAGGUCUGGAAUGCCUUGUGUCAAUCCUGAAAUGCAUGGUGGAGUGGAGCAAAGACCUGUAUGUCAACCCCAAUCUUCUUGCCAACCUUGGUCAGGAGCGGCCCGCGGAGGUGGAGGGGGUGGAGGGGAGGCUGUCGGACCACCUGGCCUUCCGCAGGGACAGCGCCAGCUCCCUGGACUCCACCGUGUCCUCGGGGUUCCAGGGCUCCCAGCCCGACCACCCCGAGCAGUACGAGGUCAUCAAGCAGCAGAAGGAGGUCAUCGAGCACGGCAUCGUGCUAUUUAACAAGAAACCAAAGCGGGGCAUUCAGUACCUGCAGGAGCAGGGAAUGCUGGGAGUCUCGGCGGAGGACAUCGCCCAGUUCCUGCAUCAGGAGGAGCGACUCGACACGACCCAGGUGGGUGAGUUUCUGGGUGAGAAUGUCCGCUUCAACAAGGAGGUCAUGUACUGCUACGUGGACCAGCUGGACUUCUGCGGGCGGGACUUUGUGUCCGCCCUGCGGGCGUUCCUGGAGGGCUUCCGCUUGCCAGGCGAGGCGCAGAAGAUUGACAGGCUGAUGGAGAAGUUUGCUGCUCGAUACCUGGAGUGCAACCAAGGACAGACGCUCUUCGCCAGCGCAGACACGGCCUACGUGCUGGCCUACUCCAUCAUCAUGCUCACCACGGAUCUGCACAGCCCUCAGGUGAAGAACAAGAUGACGAAGGAGCAGUACAUCAAAAUGAACCGCGGGAUCAAUGACAGCAAGGACCUGCCGGAGGAGUACCUGUCCUCCAUCUACGACGAGAUCGCAGGCAAGAAGAUCGCCAUGAAGGAGAGCAAGGAGCACUCCAUCACGCCCAAGUCCAGCAAGCAGGGUGUGGCCAGUGAGAAGCAGAGACGUCUGCUCUACAACAUGGAGAUGGAGCAGAUGGCCAAGACCGCCAAGGCGCUGAUGGAGGCGGUGAGCCACGCCCAGGCUCCCUUCUUCAGCGCCACCCACCUGGAGCACGUGCGGCCCAUGUUUAAGCUGGCCUGGACUCCCUUGCUGGCGGCCUUCAGCGUGGGCCUGCAGGACUGCGACGACCAGGAGGUGGCGUCCCUGUGCCUGGAGGGCAUUCGCUGUGCUAUCAGGAUCGCCUGCAUCUUCAGCAUGCAGCUGGAAAGGGAUGCAUAUAUCCAGGCUCUGGCGCGCUUCACCCUGCUGACUGCCAGCUCCAGUAUUACGGAGAUGAAGCAGAAGAACAUCGACACCAUUAAGACCCUCAUCACCGUGGCCCACACCGAUGGCAACUACCUGGGAAACUCCUGGCACGAGAUCCUGCGGUGUAUCAGCCAGCUGGAGCUGGCGCAGUUGAUUGGCACAGGGGUGAAGACGCGCUACAUCUCAGGGGUGGUGCGGGACAGGGAGUCCGGGAUCAAGGGCUUCCCCGUGGGGGGAGAGGAGUUUAUGCCCCUGGGCCUAGGGACUUUGGUGGGGGGGCCAGACAGGAAGCAGAUGGCCCACAUCCAGGAGUCGGUGGGCGAGACCAGCUCCCAGAGCGUGGUGGUGGCGGUGGACAGAAUCUUCACUGGCUCCACCAGACUGGACGGCAAUGCUAUAGUGGACUUUGUGCGCUGGCUGUGUGCGGUGUCCAUGGACGAGCUGGCGUCCCCGCACCAGCCGCGCAUGUUCAGCCUGCAGAAGAUCGUGGAGAUCUCCUACUACAACAUGAACCGCAUCCGCCUGCAGUGGUCCCGGAUCUGGCAGGUCAUCGGAGACCACUUCAACAAGGUGGGCUGUAACCCCAACAAGGACGUGGCCAUCUUUGCUGUGGACUCCCUGCGGCAGCUGUCCAUGAAGUUUCUGGAAAAAGGAGAGCUGGCUAAUUUCCGCUUCCAGAAGGACUUCCUUCGGCCUUUUGAACACAUCAUGAAGAAGAACAGGUCACCCACAAUCAGGGACAUGGUGAUCCGCUGUGUGGCCCAGAUGGUGAACUCCCAGGCGGCCAACAUCCGCUCCGGAUGGAAGAACAUCUUCUCUGUGUUUCACCAGGCCGCCUCUGACCAUGAGGAGCCCAUCGUGGAGCUGGCCUUCCAGACCACGGGACACAUCGUCAUGAGCACCUUCCAGGCACACUUUGCAGCUGCCAUUGACUCCUUCCAGGAUGCGGUCAAGUGCCUGUCUGAGUUUGUGUGCAAUGCUGCGUUCCCCGACACCAGCAUGGAGGCCAUUAGACUCAUACGCCACUGCGCCAAAUAUGUGUCUGAACGACCACAGGCCCUGAGAGAAUACACCAGUGAUGACAUGAACGUGGCCCCGGGGGAUCGGGUGUGGGUUCGAGGCUGGUUCCCCAUUCUCUUUGAGCUGUCCUGUAUCAUCAACCGCUGCAAGCUUGACGUGCGCACUAGGGGUCUUACGGUGAUGUUCGAGAUCAUGAAGAGCUACGGGCACACGUUUGAGAAGCACUGGUGGCACGACCUGUUCCGCAUCAUCUUCCGCAUCUUCGACAACAUGAAGCUUCCGGAGCAGCAGACUGAGAAAACGGAGUGGAUGACCACGACCUGCAACCACGCGCUGUACGCCAUCUGCGACGUCUUCACGCAGUUCUACGAGCCCCUCAGCGAGGUCCUGCUGGCCGACCUCUUCACUCAGCUGCAGUGGUGCGUCCGACAAGAUAAUGAGCAGCUGGCUCGGUCGGGGACCAACUGCCUGGAGAACCUGGUGAUUCUGAACGGGGAGAAGUUCAGCCCAGAAGUGUGGGACAUCACCUGCUCCUGCAUGCUGGAGAUAUUCCAGAGCACCAGCCCUCAUGCCCUGCUGACGUGGCGGCCGGCCAGCCAGGAGGAGGAGGCUGGAGACGCUAAGCACAUGGAUGUGGAGAUGGACUCCCAGUCUCAGAGCAGCUUUGAGAAGACCUUGUCUGAGCGGGGGCAGAGUCAGAUGUCCAACGCCAGCGAUGAGGCCUGGAGAGGGAAGUCUCACGCCAAAAUUUCAGACCAGAAGCUGUUUGCCUGCCUGCUGAUAAAAUGUGUGGUGCAGCUGGAGCUGAUCCAGACCAUCGACAACAUUGUGUUCUACCCUGCAACCAGCAAGAAGGAGGACGCUGACAACAUGGCUGCUGCCCAGAGGGACGUGCUGGAGGAGGGGGCGGAGACGGACACGGCUGUGGGCGGAGCCGGCGAGCAGGGCAUGUACAGGCACCUGUCGUCCGCGCACCUCUUCAAGCUGCUGGACUGCCUGCUGGAGUCGCACGCCUUCGCCCGCGACUUCAACUCCAACAACGAGCAGCGAACAGCCCUGUGGAGAGCAGGGUUCAAGGGGAAGUCCAAGCCCAACCUUCUGAAGCAGGAGACGAGCAGCCUGGCCUGCAGCCUGAGAAUCCUGUUCCGCAUGUACUCAGACCAGCAGCUACAGGCCUCCUGGCCCGACAUCCAGACCCGACUGCUGCUGGUGUGCAGCGAGGCUUUGGCCUAUUUUAUCACCCUGACGUCUGAGAGCCACCGCGAGGCCUGGACCAACCUGCUCCUCCUGCUGCUCACCAAGACCCUCCGGCUCCCCGACGACAAGUUCAAGCCCCACGCGUCCUGUUACUACCCUCACCUGUGUGAGAUGAUGCAGUUCGACCUGAUCCCCGAGCUCCGCGCCGCGCUCCGCCGCUUCUUCCUGCGCAUCGGCUCCGUCUUCCACAUCGCCGCGCCCGAGGGGGGCCAGCCCCGGCCCGGGGGCACCUAGGGGCCGCGUGGCGGGGAGGGGGGGGAGCGGAUUCGGGCCUGGAGAGCGCGACGCUUCCCGGUUUGGGAUUGUGAGACGGACGGGAAGCACGCCGGAACCCUCCGUGUGUCAGACUGGACUGUGGCCGCUGGUGUCCUGGGAUCAGCGAGGCUUCCGUCUGUCUGUCAGCCUCAAGUGUUUCUCUGCACUCGACCCCCAACCCCAGACACAAAGAAAAACACUGUGAUGGACAGGGCUACAGGCCGACUGCUUACAAACUGUACAGACUGACAUGAGAAAAACUGUAAUUUAUUACUGAUAAUGUUAUAUUCCGUUUGUUUUUUUUUUCUUUUUUGUUAUUAAGGCUGAACAAAAACGUUUAUUGAAAUGUAAAACAAGAAGCUACAUGAAUGAGAAAUAUACAGAAUAUGGAAAUAGUGCUCUCUAAAUCCUCUACGCUGGACGUUAUUGGCUAGUUGAAGCGUAGCAGAGUUAUAUCUGAAAACCCAUGCCUGAUGUGGGCUGAACCGUGAGCAGGGGAGUCCCUCUCCCAGCCUGGGACUGGCUGAGCUGGGCUUCCCUCUCUGAAGUGCUUUCAGAGGUGAUGGAAAGCGCAAUACGAGUGCAGUUUGCUGUUCUCAUUGUUCCGUUAGCAGUGGGACCCCUCAUUGAACCCUCAGUUGCUUUAUGCCCCCUCUGGCCAUGUUCUAACCCACACUGUGCUGUAACCCACAGCCCUCCAUGUGCAAGCACCUUUACUGACAUUAGAGAGAUAGAGGUGUGUUGGUUCUGCCCUGUGGAGGUAUCCGUUUUCACAAUUCAAAUUUUUUGCAGCAAGGCAAUGGUGUACUCUGAGAGCUAGAGUAAUGAAGUUAUGACACUUUGAACACUAUGAAAUGGAAUGCUGUCUGUAUUCUUUCAUGUGCCAGAGAUCAGCGGUCAGUGCCCUCCUGUUCGCUUGAAGGCUGCGUCUCUCGUGCUCCACUCACUCCUCAUGGUUCUCCAUAGUUGUGUUUCCCAUGUAGGACCUGUGGUCCUAUGAACCGCUUCACACCCAGCUCCUCCGGAGGGGACUUGCAGGUGCGCAGAUUCUAUGGUCUCUUAGUUCCAGCCUGUCAGCCAUGCUCCAGGAAGCCCCAUCCAGUGCUCUUCUCAAUGACACGUGUAUACUGUACAGGACGGGCUUUAUGGUUUGCUCUGCCCAUACAGUGCCUGUCUGAAAAGACAGUGGGGCAGUUUGGUGGGUUGGGAUUGGCUGAAUGUGAGGAAGAGGGAAAGGUGAUGCAUCUUCUCUUCUUUUUCCUGCAACAGUUUGAUGGCCGUGUAGUCGCUCGCCCCAGUGUUUCUGAUAAAAUAUUCAGGUUAGAAAUGUACAAAUGAAAGUCAUCUGGAAGGAAAGGCCUGCAGUGUCUGUAAAAUGGCCUAUGGCCUUCUGCUUCAUUAUUUAUUUUUUCUACCCACAGCAGUCCCUGCUGUUUUCCCGUUGUAUUAUUCCAAUGUAUGUUGUAUUAAAUUGGAAAAGGGGUGCAUUAGCCAUGCAGUGCAUUCUCACAACUCGAGAGACUCAAAAUGACAUUUAGUAAUGUGAUACCUGAUUGGUGCAAAAGUAGUAUGCAGGAAAUAGAAUGGCCACAUUCUCACCCUGAAGCCCUGUGUAUCUACAGUAAUAUUACAUGAAGCAUUGUUUUUACAAACAAGGAUGUAUGUAAUUCUAUGAAGUGCAUUAAUAUUUUUUGAAAAGCAUUCCUUUCCUUGCAACUGUGGAUGUCUUUUUUUUCUUCAAGAAAAAUAGUAUAUAUAAAUACAGUAUAUGAAGAAAAAAAACUGUAAAAUUUUCAUGUAAUAUAUAGAGAUAAAAUACUAUACUAUGUACACAAACUGUGAUGUAAUCUUACAAUGAUUUGGUCAAGUAAUCAAUAAAGUUCAAAUUCUGA